UGUUAAAAAAUUCAACAAAUCGCAGCAAACUUUGUUGACCAAGAUUUUACUUAUAAAAAAAAUAUAUUAUUGAUUGUUUUAAAAAGCGUGUUUUAGCAAGAUUAAAAAUAUAAAAAUAAGUGACAUCAUUUGGAGAAUAAUUAGUUUAAAUUAAUAUUUGUAGACUGCACAUCUGGAAUGUAAAUUAUGUCUGAGAAGAAGAAGUAUAAAGACCAUGAUAUUUUCAAAUACGAUGAGCACAUUCCUUCUGCUAGUGCAACAGUGAAUGAUCCUUGUUCAAACUGGUUUAAUACUGAUAAUAAAAAUGAAAAAAAAGUUAUUAGAAAAGAGUGGAAAACUCCUGAUUGGUACACUCAUCAUGAAAAUCAGUCUUUGCAAUCAAAUUAUGUUCCAAAUUCUAAUACAAAUUUUCUUAGCUUUGAUAAUUUGUAUUGUUGGCAAAGAAGUGUUUCACCAAAAUUACCUUCAUUUUCUGAAAAAGUUUUACAAAAGAGACCAAAAGAAUCUAAUACACACGACACUAUCAAACUUCCUGAAAUACUCCACAGAGGUAUGAAGAAAACAGAUAACAAUAGAGAUAUGUUUAAAUUGUUGGAUUAUACAUAUCAAAGAAAUUUUAUAAUACAAUCACAAGAGGCUAAUGCUGAACUUAAGAAGAAAAAGGUUGAAAAGAGACGAGUAAUGAAAGAAAAACUAAAAAAUGAUCAAAUUGACUAUCGUAGGAAUAAAAAAGAAGAAAAAGUGACUGCACCAAAACCUCUUUUUAAGUUAAGCAAAUUUGAAAAAGUUCCUGCUUGCGUUGAUAGUCACAGACUGAAAUAAAUCUUCUAUUAUUCAAAUACUCUUUUAACAUUUUUUGCACUAUAGUUAGACGAUGCUUUAAAAAUAUGCUGAGAUAUGUUAUAGUAUUCAAAAUAUUAUGCAAAUAAAUACAUACUAUAUUUUUAAA